CUGGGCCCGCGCGCGGGCUGGCCCACUCUUCCGACGCGAGCCUCUGCGGCUACGGCGUCGCCGAGGCGAGCUUCGACCCAGAGACCGUGGCAGAGGUCGGGCGCGUCACAGAGCUGCCGCGGCGGCGCCUGGGCGCUGGGCUCGCGACGCAGCGCGCUUUCGAGUGCGCCGGCUCCCUGUUCGACGGCGAGGCGGGCGAGGUCGUCCGCGAUGCCAGCGGGGCGCCGCGCCAGCUGGGCGCCGAGCUGCGGCGCGCGCUGGCCAGUGAGCGCUGGGAGGUCGAUCCCAGCCUCCCCGAGGUGCCCAGCCAGUUGUUGCAGGACCCCCACUGGACCACAGUGAUGGCAGACAGCGCCGGCCAACAGCGAGGGCUCGCGGUGGCGGACGCCGAGCAGGACUUCUGCGCCAUUGGGCUCGCCCGCGACCGAGGGCACGCGCGUUGGAUCCCAGCCGCGGGCUCGCUGCGAGGUUGGAGACAACCCGUGCAGGCGCCCCCCCAGGCGAGCGCGGAGGCCUGCUUGGAGCUGGGCCAGCGCCAGGGCCUUCGACCCCCAGUGGACGCCGCCGCCCGCGCGGGCACCGAGGCCGAGAGCGUGGGCGAGGAGAGCAGCGACGCCGAGGAGGCCCCCGCUGCGGGCAGCAGUUCGAGGCGGCUGGAGACGCGGGGGAAGGCCCGCGUUCGCAAGGCGCUCGAGACGCUGGAGACCUCAGCCGACGCCGAGUGCGACGAGAGGCUGGGGAUCAGCUACCUCUGCGCGCUCGCGUUCUGCGUCUGGGCCCGCUGCUCGCUGGAUUCGCUGCCAGAGCCCGCGGAGCUGGGCGCCCACCUGGUGGACUACAUGAACGCGGGUUUCUUGCAGGGGGUGACGAGCUGGCGGGGCGAGAAGCUCAUGGCCGGCUUGAUGUUCUCCCACCCGGACUAUGGCCGCUUGGGGGGGCUGCAUCUGCCGCGGGCGCUGCGCUGCCUCAAGGGGUGGAAGAAGCUUCCACCACCUCGCUCUCGGAAGCCCUUGGUGUCUGCGAUCUGGGCGGCCAUGGCGGUGGAGCUAUGCCGGUUGGGGGCGCCUCUGGCGGGCGCGAUGGUGUUGAUCGUGGUGGUGGGGGCGGCCGACGACACGAUGCCCUACGAUUCGGGAAGGUGCCCUUGGAUGAGCCACAUCCUGCGGGCCCUGAAACACAAGGGCUCGCCAAGGCCCCCCCUGGGCUUGAGCUACCCGCAGUUCUUGUGCCUCUUCCAGAGAGCGGCCCUGGACAUCG